AUGAGCACUGUAUUCCCAAUCCUAGACAAGAGCGAACCGUCUGAAUGACGAGCCUUCCACUCAGGAGGUUUUUCUUCUAUCCCCUUUUAGAGAGAAAGUCGUAGUGGGAGCGGACAAUUUGCCCCACGGGGCGGAUCGGGCCAUGGACAGUAUCCAUCCUGUCAUCGUUAUUCUCGACCUGGCGUCAGCAAGACAACACGACAAAAAUCGAACUAUAGCUGACUAAGAAACUGAAAUAACAAUUCUUUCUUUUGAAUCGUUCAGGAUACCUCAUAGCAUAACAAGUACGCUGUUGCUUGGAUGUUUGCGGAAACAUCAUAUUUAUUCAUAUUCGUCGAUUUCGGCGGGAAAUUUCCCGCUGGAUUAUUUACAUGUGGGAAAGGGAUAAACAGCCGGUACAAAAACUGACUAUGCUGAAGAAUAUGCGGCGGAAAGCUUGUGCCGCUUGUACCAAAGCAAAGAGACCGUGUUCUAAGCGAUCUCCCUGCUGCGACCGCUGCGAGCGGAAAAAUAUUCCGUGCAGAUAUCCGCCGAUCAAUCAAACUGCUAGAGACUAUGCAGUGACGGAUGGCACAAUUAUAGCAGCGGAAAAGAGCAUGACUCGCGCUGGAGAAGCAUAUCCAAUUCAUGUGGUCUAUUUUGAGCCAUUUUAUUCUGAUCUUGACGGUCCGCAGGUUGGUGAGGCACAUCAUCCAUGUUCUAUAGGUAUGGGGAGAAGUACGAGACCUCUUCCGUUAGGACAUGAUUGGUUCUAUAGUGCCGAUUCCUGGACAAUCGCACGGAGUGGUGCACCUGCAUUUCCCUCACAGGCUUUCGAAACCGCGGCGUUGAAGCAUCACAUCGCUACUGUUCAAAGCUGGAUGCGCCAAUGGACCACAACGGGUAGAUCUCCAUUCAUUCAUCAUCGUUUGUAUGCUCUAAGAAUGCCCCGUUGCCUUCAGGAUGCCUAUACGACGCUUACGACCUACCUUGCCCGCACCCCGGAAAACUCCGACCUAUGCUUUCAAAUCGUCCAGGAGCGUGCGACCGAAAUUAUUGAGGACGCCCAACGUACGGCACCUACGCCGAGCUCCGGAGACGCAGCGACGGAUUCGAUAGGCGGUGCAGUAUUGUUGGACCCUGUAGACCAUCUCGCCCGUGUACAUGCGCUCUUUGUGUACCAGGUAAUUGGUUUAUUCGAUGGCGACAUCGGCCUACGCGCCUCAGCUGAAAACCGCAUGUCGAUCCUAACAGCCUGGGUGGCAGAAAUGUGGGAGAGUGCGGAGCUUGACGCAAGCAUUUAUUCGACCAUGCUUGCCCUCGACCGGGCGACAAACGACGAACAAACUGGAUCCGUGUCUCGCACAGAAGAGGAGACGACAGCAUGGCGGCGUUGGACUGUAUUGGAGAGUAUUCGUCGUGCUUGGUUAUUAGUGACGAUAACACAAUCGAUUUAUCAACUCUUCAAGGAAGGAUGGUCACAAUGUCCUGGUAGCGUCAACUGGACGACGCGUGCUGGCCUCUGGGAUGCUUCUGACCAGUAUAGCUGGAGCAAACUUGUUGCGAAUGGUUCUGGCCCGUUGUUCGUACCUAGCUUGCGUGCAGAUAUAUUAUACAAGGAGGCCACCCCCUCGGAGGUAGAUGAAUUUGGGCAUGCUAUAUUGAUUGCACAAUUUGGAUUAGAACAUACAACGAAGUGGAAGGCUCAACUAUCGUAGAUAUUAUACCCGCAUAAUAGAUGUCUGGGAGGCAGCUUUACACCGGCCGUGUUGUGG